AUGGAGGGGUACCUGCUCGUCUUUUCCCACGAGCGCAGUGCGCAGGUGCACUACUGUGUGCUCGAGCACGGGCUGCUCCGCUGCUUCGAUCGACCGGGUGGCGUGCUGUGCAAGUCCGUUGGCCUCACACGGCAUCGGAUCCGCGUGCAGCCGCUUGCGAGCGACCACAGCGGACUGUGUCCGAACCGGUUUGCCGUGCACGCGCUCGAGGUGCGGCGGAACCACCAGGCGGGUGCGUUCGUGGCCGCCAGCAAGCGCGAGACGACCCACUUGUUUGCUGCCGUCACGUCGCAGACGAUGACCACGUGGGCCAACGCGAUCCACAAUUGGCGCCGUCAUGCGUUCGACGACCCGACUGGCAGCGCGCUGUCGGUUCCAACGGCGCUCACGACGAGCAAAGGACUGCAGCAUUCCGUCACGCGACAGCGCGCCGCGUUGCUUGAGAGUCAGCGCGCGAACCUCGUGAACGUGGCCAACCGCUUUGACGUGAAGCUCGUCAGUGGCAAAGGGGGUUUGCGCGACGUGUCGAUCCGGAAAAUGUCGGCGUACCGAUUUCUCAAUGGGUCCAAAUUCUCGAGGUCGAGCGUGGCGUUUCGGUCCUGGCUGCCUGGAAUGUCGUCGCUUCGACUGAGCUUACCAGGUAGAUAG